AUGUCAAGAAAAAGAGCAAGAAUGGCUAUUAAAUUGAGUGAAGAAGAAAAUAAUAAAGAAUCAAGUAAUGAAGAAUCAAGUAAUAAAGAAUCAGAAAGUAAAGGUGAAGAAGACGAAAAAACAGAAAGUGAAGUGUUAGAUGAAGAAACCCAUGCAAGCUCAUCUAAAACCCUGCAUACUCAACAUGGUCAUCCGAGAUUAAGUACUGAUAGUAUUAAUAAGCAAAGGAUUUGCACUAUGCGAGACUUUCAUGUAGAAUGUAGUGGCUUCGAAUAUGUGACUGCUUUACUUUUCAACCAUCACUCUGCAUAA